GUUUCAGCAGCCGAGAUCCGUAGCCGCUGCUAUGACGGAAGCGUUAUGAAAGACGAAAAGGAGGCGUAAAAAUAUUGGAAAAAGUAAUAAAGAAAAAUGUGCAUCUUCUCAGCAUGUGGUCAAAUUGUCUUUGGAGUUGUGAUGGUUGGUUGCUUAAUACUCACAGCUGUCCCGACAUUCAAUGGAAAGAUGCUCAGAUGGGAUUGUGUAAAAGACAUCAAGAAUUGUGAGGAUUUAACGGAUCAUAAGGGCUAUAUGAAAACUGUAGCGAUAUUCAUGUGCCUGGCAUUGCUGUUCGAAAUAAUUGCUCUGGCUUGGAAUUUGUUUGUAUUCUGUGCAUGUUGCUGUAAAAAGUACCUCAUACAUCCGCUGGCCAUCCUCUCUCUCAUUGCCACAGCUAUGCUUCUGGUUGCGGUGAUCGUCUAUGGAGUGAACAACAAAGAUAGUUGGAGGAAGGAGCUCGAAGAUAAGGGCAAAGACCAGUACGGUUAUUCAUUCUGGCUGUCGGUCUGCGCUCUUGUGCUGGCCGCUGUCGACACGGUAAUCGCAGCCCUAACGGUGUGCUUAGGAAAAAGGGGAAUGUAGGACAGCAAAGCCUACAAAAACAAGUGAUCUUUACAGAUCUGACUCUAUUCGUAAAAAAAUAAUUUGUAAAAAUUCCUCUUUACAUUGAUUUUGCAUUGGGGAUAAGUUUGUGAGCAAUGCAGUGACUUGAAGAUGUUGCCUUAGUCAUGUUUGCUUGAAUUUUUCUGCAGAGCACAAAAAAUUCUAAAGGCUAUUCCCGCACGAAGGUGGAUCGUUUAUUGUCGCGAAGCGGGCGCGAACGCGGCAAAAUGGUGCCUAUCAUCGCUGGAUCGCUUAAUAAACAGAAGUUCGCAGCCAAUAACCGCUCGCGCGCCGCGUUCGCACACACUUACCUUAUUUGGGCAUUCGCCUUCGUUCAGAAGUAGCUUAUGGUUCUUGUGCAGUGAACUUUAUAUAACUUCCUAAACUACUCUUAACUUGGGUAUAUUUUACGAACUCCUACCUACAAUUGAAACUAAAACUCAUCCAGUCUUCAAAUAGUUUAAACUAAUUCGAGUAAAAUACUACUUUAUCGUGAUCACACGCCAGUCACUCUACUUUGUCAACACAUAUCUCUUUCACAUUCUUAUAUUGUAUGUGCCAAGUAACCCAGCCUUUAUAUUGUCCGCCUAGUAAAGCCUUUUGAAAUCUCUUGUGAGCCUCUUCGGGUUUUGAUUGUGAGCAUUUCGUAGGUUAACAUCGUGUGUGGCUGUAAAUCAUCAUUUUAGUUUUUGUUGAGGUUUUUACGCUUUAUCGCAAUCUGUUUUAACUGUGAUAUGUAUAAAAAUUGAAUGUAAC